UUGAGUUAUAGACAAGCAUCAUCUUGGAUGUUACACCUGCAGAGAGCGUGAGGGUCAGAGGGCUCCAUAAGGAUUUGUCUGGGUAGCGGAGCAAUACCAUGGUUCUCUGCAUAGGUUCAUAGACUCUUCACUGAGUUAUAUGCCUCUGAAUACUUAAUAAAAUUGUCCUUUAUUUUAUGUGUAUUGCUGUAAGCAGAGAAUGCUUUCACUAGUCCCAUGGAUGGUAUGGGUCUCGUCUGUCUGCUUUCUACAAGGCAGGCCUGGGUCCUGUAAGGAGAUUAAGCUACCUAGCAGGGUAGGGAAGGCCCCUUCCCCAUCUGACUUUCUGGAUAAACUUAUGGGAAGGACAUCUGGGUAUGACGCCCGCAUUAGACCCAACUUCAAAGGUCCUCCUGUGAAUGUCACCAUUAACCUCUUCAUCAACAGCUUUGGAUCCAUCACAGAAACCACAAUGGAUUAUCGUCUCAAUGUGUUUCUACGUCAACAAUGGAAUGACCCGCGACUGGCCUAUAAGGAAUACCCUGAUGACUCUCUGGACCUGGAUCCUUCCAUGUUGGACUCCAUCUGGAAACCUGACCUUUUCUUUGCCAAUGAAAAGGGGGCAAACUUUCACGAAGUCACCACAGACAACAAACUGCUGCGGAUAUUCCAAGAUGGGAAUGUCCUCUACAGUAUCAGGUUAACUCUGAUCCUGUCCUGCCCCAUGGAUCUGAUGAAUUUCCCCAUGGACAUUCAGACGUGCUCUAUGCAGCUGGAAAGCUUUGGCUACACCAUGAAUGACCUGUGUUUCCAGUGGCUGGACAUUGGUCCUGUCCAGGUGGCUGAUGACCUGAUGCUUCCUCAGUUUGUGUUGAAGGAGGAGAAAGACUUGGGCUACUGCACCAAGCACUACAACACAGGUAAAUUUGCCUGCAUUGAAGUAAAGUUCCACCUGGAGAGACAGAUGGGCUACUACCUGAUCCAGAUGUACAUCCCCAGCCUGCUAACCGUUAUCCUCUCCUGGGUCUCCUUCUGGAUCAACAUGGAUGCCGCCCCAGCUAGAGUGGGCCUUGGUAUCACCACAGUGCUCACCAUGACAACCCAAAGCUCUGGGUCCAGGGCAUCCCUGCCUAAGGUGUCUUAUGUGAAGGCCAUUGAUAUCUGGAUGGCUGUGUGUCUUCUUUUUGUGUUCGCUGCACUGCUGGAGUAUGCAGCAGUAAACUUUGUUUCACGGCAGCACAAAGAGUUCUUCAGACUGAGGAAAAGGAUCAAAGAACACCAGCGGCAGAGAACUCAGAGAAGUGGAAGUGGGGAGAGCAGCCAAGUGAAAGGUAACAACUUGCCAGGCAACAACUCCUCCCAGGGGACCCUGCCUGGCCCUCAGCAAUGCAGCGUCUGUGCCAGGGAGCAGGAGCUGGUGGAGCAGAGCCAAGCCUAUUUUCUCCAUAGUUAUGGAGUAGCAGGCGAUGCACCACCAGAGAUGGACGCCCCGAUCUUUCAGGCCUUACCUCAUGGGUUCCCACUGUAUGACAUCCGCAGGCAGUUUGUAGAUCGGGCAAAAAGAAUCGACACCAUAUCUAGGGCUGUGUUCCCUCUGAGUUUUCUCUGCUUCAAUGUUUUCUAUUGGCUCACCUACAAAGUGCUGCGGAAUGAAGCCAUCCGAGCUACUCUGUGACAAACCAACACGAGGACUGAAUUACAGCACUAAAAACCAAUACGGAGUUGAACCUAGUCUUCCACAGAACACUUUUACAGACAAUGUCAAAUCCAUUCAUUGUGCCAAUGGAAAAAUAAUUGACUGCAUGUCCUGUUCCAUUCAUUUUUUCACCGAAGUUAGCAAACCUGAUGUAGUCCAAGUGUCAUCCUUAAGGGGGCAAUCUGCAGUUUCCACCACGCCACUGAUUUGGUAAACAACCAUGGGAUUAGGCUGGAGAGAUAUAACCACUCAAACCGCUAUGGAUGCAGUUAAUGACCCUCCAUGAUAAACUUAAGAAUGUUUUAGGCUAGUGCUUUAAGAAUCAAAUGAGUAUAUCUAAAUUAAGUCCAAAAAUAUGUGCCAAACGCAUAUUGCCCCUUUAACUUUCUAUUUUUUACAAUUCCAAUGGAAUGCACUAAUUAGCACAAAUAUUGUAGUCCUUGUACUAUGGAUACUUUUGUCACUCAUGGAGCAAACGCAAGCCCAGAUAUUGAGGCAGGACUGCAUGGAAAUGUUGGAUUCCCCCCCUCCCCGGAAUUGUAUUUUGUACUCGUUUCUGCCACAUUACAGUAUUGGCAAAUUGUUAAUAAAUCCCUACAAAUGAUUUCUACCUAAUAUGGAAUACUAUGUAAUGGGACAGUACUAUUGGUACAUGAAUCAACAGAAGUGAAUGCUGGACAUUUUGAAUUGUCUAGUUAGGCGAUGUUCUUCGUUAAUUGUCUUUCUUUUCUUUAUGCAUCUCGUCUUGGAUGUUUUUUUCCCAAUGUCAAUGGCUAGUGUGAAAAUGAAUAAUUUGUUUAAAUAUAAAACCAUGGCUGUUGUCACCACUACAAAUUCAUGCAGAUGUCUCAAUGUUUUAAGCUUGCUUCCAUUGAGGAAGUAUUUAUUUAUAAGUCAGUGAAUGAAAACAUACAUAAGAGGGGAAUGAAAGUUCAGGAUGAAGCGUACAUCUUCCCGAGUCAAUGUAAAAUCCACAACUACUCCAUUAGAAAAACUGAAUAAUACAUAGUCACUAUCUAGUUUGUUUUCCAUCAGAGGUAUUUAACAACUAAACAUUCUGCCCCCAAGCAAGAUGACUAUGUAGCAUUUGCUUCGGGCGAAGGUAUCAUCCCCAAGCUUCACUAGACCCAUGUAAUGCUGCAAUGUAUCUUUUUGGGCGACCUGACCAAAUUUCACAGAAAUGCGAGUUAUAGAUCAGUCACUCUCAUUGAAAACAGGUCUAAGAAGCAGUAGAUCAGUUUUAUGUGUGCCAUUUCUAUGCUUCCCGAAGUUUCAUUUUUCUAUACCAGCUUCAAACUGCUGAAAAUACAAUAUUUUAGGUUAUGGAAAACAUAUUUCAGUUAGGGUACAAUGAUUCAUCAAAAUGAAAUUAGGCAAAACUUUUCAAAUUUGAGCAACCAGGAAAUGGUGCUCAAUUUCUGCAUAUUGCACCUUUAAUGUGUAACUACAUGUGCCAGACAACUCAAGAUCCCUUCUGAUUGGUUCCAAUGUUUCAACGCAUAAAGGUUUAUUAACUUACAGUAAAUACAGUACAAGUUCAGGAACAGUUAGAAUACAUAUUUUAUUGACAUGUGACCCAAGAAAAGGGAGCUCAAAACUGGAUGACCUGGCCCUGAAAGAGUGAGAAAAAAAGACAUACGAAAUUGGUAUUUCAGAUUGUUGCAAAGAAAUUCAAAUCACCACCCAUUAACUCAAUCUCAUUAACACCACUGUCUGCCUACUGCCUUAUUUCCAAACAAUGCUCUGGUUUGCCAUUAGGUUUCGAGUAGAAGCCAAGUUUGCUGGCUCUCAAAACUGGGGAGAACCAGUAUGCUCACCUUUCUCUUCUUGUCUCCUCCCAGUUCAAAGUGUUUGCAUCUCUUGAUGGGCACCAUUCUCUUUUGCCGACAGUUGGGCUCCACACACUCCAGCCUCAACACGAUCUUCUUUGUAGUUUUAGCCUGCAGGAGAAAUCACAAGGGUUUGAGCAAGUAACAUAAAAAGAUGGAAAUUAUGUGUGCUGACUAAUAGACUGAGUAUUGACAUGGAGACUAAACCCGAAGACAGUGGCAAUUUGCAAACAAACAUGUCCUAUCUGUAGGAGGGGAAGACUAGGUGAAUUUGUAAAUCUUCUUCCAUACCUUCUUCCUGAAAAUAGGCUUGGUCUGGCCACCAUAGCCAGAUUGCUUUCUGUCAUAUCUCCUUUUGCCUGAAAGACAGUUACCCGAUAAAUGCAUGCCAAGGUAGAUACCACACAUAAUACAUGUGAAUGUUCAAGCAGGCAAGGGAAGUAACUUUAGACCAAAGAUUUAUUCUAACUAAACCAAGAUAGACCACAGCCUGUCGUUUCCAAUGGGAACAAAUUAGUCAUAUCAUGCAAGGAAGGCAGACCCAAGCACGAGCUAGCGAGAUCCUACUGGCACUUACUAGCAUGUAUCUGCAUAUAUCCGUUAGGGACUGCCUACCCUGUGAGGUGCAUGUGCAAUAACUCAAUUUACCUUAGCACUUCUAUACUACACUUUUUCUUUUUUUGGCAAAAGGUAAAGUCCACUAAAUGUAGUCGACUCUGUUCAUAACAGAUUAUAGUUGUGGGAACAAGACAACUACUCAAGUCAAAUGUUUCAUGGAUGAGAAUUUUCAGAAUGUCAGCCAAAUUACAUUUAUACAUCCGGUGAAAUAUCGGUCUCAUUGUUUUAUUUGUGGUUAGACUAUAGCAAACUUACCCUGAGCAUACAGAGAAUCCUUCCCCUUCUUGUACUGGGUAACUUUGUGAGUUUGAUGUUUCUUACAUUUCUUACAAUAAGUCCUGCGGGUCUUCGGUACGUUUACCUAGAUAAAUUAUACAAAAAUAAGUAAAUGACUGUACCAAAGAUACUAUAGUUAAGGCUUCUCUCCGAUUUAACAUGUGCCCCGUUGCGUUCUAACAAUUUCAGUAACGUUAGCUAGUUGCCAAGUAGCUUAACCACAUUGCAUUGUAAGUGUUUGCUUAGCUAACGUUCGCUAGCCCAAUUCCUGUUA